AUAAACCAAUAAUCAGCCAUAGCCAAAUCCCGUAACCAUGGCCACAUUCUGCUCUGCACAUGGAAAUCUGGUUGCUGCCAUCAUCUUCCUCCUCUCUCUCACUCUCACCCCUUUCUCUCUCUCUCUGAAUUUCCGACUUUCCAGCUUCAGCCCCGACGACACCGCCAUACUCCUGGAAGGCGACGCCGUGAUUUCCGUCGGAAAAAUCGAGUUGAACAAGGUCAAUUACAUCUUCCGCGUCGGCCGAGUCAUCUACAACGGCAAGGUGCCUCUCUGGGAACCCAACUCCGCCAAGCGCGCAGAUUUCACCACCCGUUUUUCCUUCAUCAUCGACACGCUAAACAAAUCGGCGCACGGCCAUGGACUCGCCUUCUUCCUCGCACCCGCCGGCUUCGAGAUCCCGCCCAACUCCGGGGGCGCGUUCUUAGGCCUCUUCAACACGACCACCUCCGGCUCCUCGCAGAGCCAGAUCGUGGCCGUGGAAUUCGACACCUUCGCCAACUCCGGCGAGUGGGACCCCCCGUAUGAGCACGUGGGGAUCAACAAUAACUCCAUUGCUUCCUCAGUGACCACGCCGUGGAACGUCUCUUUGCACGACGGAGAGACUACAGAUGUUUGGAUCAGUUACAGUGCAGCCACAACCAACUUAACCGUCUUCUGGAGCUACAACGGCGCCCCCAAUUCAACCCUUUCGUAUCAAGUAGACCUUAGAGAGGUUCUCCCUCAGUGGGUCACGGUUGGCAUCACUGCUGCUACGGGUUCCAACCUUAACAUCGAACGCCACAUUCUUGAGUCGUGGGAGUUCAGUUCCAGUUUAGAUAUCAAAGAGGGUGGCCGGAAUGAUGAGACCAACAUAGCACUGAUUGUGGGUUUGGCUAUAGGGGCAUGCGUUUUGAUAACCGCUGCAGUAGUAGCAUAUGUGGUGGUGAAGAAACGGAGAUAUUCCAUGUUGGAGAAAGCCCGAGAAGCAGCUCAUUUGAGCUCAAUAGGAGAUGAUCUUGAAAGAGGAGCAGGGCCAAGGAGAUUUUCCUACCAACAACUUGCUUUGGCUACCAACAACUUUUCCCAAGACAGGAAACAGGGUGAGGGAGGAUUCGGAGCAGUUUACAAGGGCCACCUCAUCGACUUGGAUACGGCCGUCGCAGUCAAGAAAAUCUCAAAGGGAUCCAGGCAGGGGAAGAAGGAAUACAUCGCGGAGGUGAAGACCAUAGGCAUGUUGAGGCACAGGAAUUUGGUGCAACUCAUCGGUUGGUGCCACGACCAAGGCGAGUUCAUGCUCGUGUACGAGUUCCUGCCCAAUGGAAGCCUGGACCAUCAUCUGUUUGGCAGAAAGACUGCUCUUAACUGGAGUGUGAGAUACAGAGUAGCCAUUGGAUUGGCUUCUGCAUUGCUGUAUCUUCACGAGGAGUGGGAACAGUGCGUGGUGCACAGGGAUAUCAAGUCCAGCAAUGUGAUGCUCGAUUCCAGCUUCAAUGUGAAGCUAGGCGACUUUGGGCUGGCUCGGCUCAUGGACCAUGGGAUCGACCCCAAGACCACAGGACUAGCCGGGACACUGGGGUAUCUGGCGCCAGAGUAUGUGAGCAGUGGCAGAGCCAGCAAGGAAUCGGAUGUGUACAGCUUCGGGGUGGUGGCUCUGGAGAUUGCUACUGGAAGACGAUCAACGGAUGCAUUGGACGAGAGAGGCCUGGUGGCGUGGGUUUGGGAUCUCUACGGGAACGGAGAGCUUCUGUCAGGUGUGGAUGGGAAACUGCAAGGGGACUUUGAUCCGAGGCAAGUGGAGCGCGUGAUGGUAGUCGGGCUUUGGUGCGCUCACCCGGACAGGAACCUGAGGUCGUCAAUUCGAGAAGCAUGCCAUGUUCUGAAUUCGGAGAAAGAGGUGCCUAAACUACCGUCCAAGAUGCCGACGCCGGUAUAUUAUGCACCUGCAGCUGCAGCUGUAGCUGCUCCUGUUAGUACCUCAUCAGCUGGCUCAACAGAGCCCUUCAUCACCAGCUCUAGUAUCAAUAUUGGCAGAUAAAAUUAAAUGACCAGUUUUAGCUUUACAGUAUCCGAUUGAUGUAAUCAUAAUAAGUUUGUAAAGCAACUUUACAUAGUGACACUUGAAUUGAUCUUGCCCA